UAAGGACACCAUGUAUUUUAGUUCAGAGGCCUGUAGACUGUACAAAACUCGAUACUGAUUAGGCAGCACUAUACAAAAAUUUUCGGCUAAUCGAGGCUGUUUAAGCGUAGAGAAAAAAAUUUUGAAAUCAGUCGGGCCUUUAAAACCCUACCACCUAUUCAUUCCUCCUGCAAUGGCCGAAACGUCUGCGCCACCGGUGUAUCCCGACCUGGGCAAGCUGGCCCGCGAUCUCUUUAAGCGCGGCUACCACCCGGGUAUCUGGCAGAUCGACUGCAAGACCCUGACCAGCUCGGGCAUCGAGUUCUUCACCACGGGCUUCGCCAGCCAGGACAACAGCAAGGUGACCGGCUCCCUGCAGAGCAAGUACAAGAUCGAGGAUCAAGGUCUCACCCUCACGGAGCGAUGGAACACGGAGAACUGGCUCUUCGGCGAGAUCAUGCAGCGGGACAAGCUGGCACAGGGAUUGAUGUUGGCCGUCGAGGCCAAGUUCCAGCCGGGAUCAAACGAGGCGGAUGGCAAGUUCAAGAUGGGCUAUGCCCAGGAAAACUUCAACUUCCUGGCCGAUAUUGGUCUGAACUCGGAGCCGAUAUUGAAUUGCUCCCUGGUUUUGGGACACAAAGAGUUCCUCGGUGGCGUUGGAACCGAGUUCGAUAUUGGCAACACCGAGCUCAAGAGCUGGAAAGUGGCCCUUGGCUGGACAAACGAGACGGCCACCCUUCAUGGCGAGCUGAAGAAUGGGGACACCUGGUUGGCCUCGCUUUUCUACAAGGCGAACGAGAAGAUCGAUGUGGGUGUCGAGGUGACCAAAGGAGCAGGAGGUGGUGAGGCUCCUGCCGAUGGAGCUCCUCCUCCAGAGGAGCAACAGGGCGGAGAUUUGAUUGUCGGCCUCGGCAUGAUUUAUCACCUGGAGGAGGACGCCCUCAUCCGCGCCAAGAUCAACAACGUGGUGGAGCUGGGCCUGGGAUACGAGCAGAAACUCCGCGAGGGCAUCACUGCAUCCAUUUCCACGGUCCUCGACUGCAACAACAUCAAGGACGGCAACCAUCGGUUGGGCGUGGGCGUGGCCCUCCAGUGCUAGGAUCCAUCUCCAAUGGCAGUAACUCAAUGAUUUCAAUUUCCAAAUUCGUUCAACUUUUUGCAUCAUAGCAAUUUAUUUAUUUAUAAGAUGCAAAAUCGGGAAAAAAGGUUUUAAAAUCAAAA